AUUCGUGUAAUAGGUAUACAAAUGAUUUCAUCGCACUAAAAUUUUCUCGAUUUUCUCAAGUUUUUAUACAGACGUUACUUUGAAAAUCAGACCGUGAGAUUGUUUUCUCUGAAUUAGACUUAUUUCUAAUGUAAGUUGGCCUUUUAUUAUUAUUUUAGCUCGUUCGCAUUCUGGUACCAGUGUACAAUCUAAAAAGGCGACACUACAGUGUGGAUAUAAUGGCAAACUGGACAGCUCUUGGCUCCGUGAUUCUCCCCAAUGUGGGUGGUUGGGCGAAUGGUCUUUACUUUGCUGGUCAGAUUCGUAAAGACGAUGAGAAAGCGUGGUACGAUGACCUGAAGAAGCCCUGGUGGAACCCACCAAAGUGGGUGUUUGGGCCUGCGUGGACAACUCUGUACAGCGGCAUGGGCUAUGCUUCUUAUCUAGUGUAUGAAGAGUGUGGAGGCUUCACUGAGGAUGCAGUGUUACCCCUGUCCUUAUAUGGUGGUCAACUGUUAUUGAACUGGGCGUGGACACCCAUUUUCUUCGGCAUGAAAGACUUUAAACUGGCGUUCAUCGAGAUAUGCGUGCUCGGCGGCGCGGCCGCGGCCACCACGGUGGCGUUCUCGCGGGUGGACAAAACGGCCGGCCUGCUGAUGCUGCCCUACUUGGCUUGGCUGGCGUACGCGAGCUCGCUGAGCUACUACAUAUGGCGGAACAAUCCGAAGCAGCCGAGCAUCGAGGACGCUAAGGCGCAGUGAUUAUGCAGAAAUGUACGCGCAUGCUGCUGAUAAGUGUUUAUAGACUAAAAGUCAAACACUUUUAAAAUCAUCUUCUGUAUCGGGAACAAACUGCUUUCGACUGAUUUUUUAUCACUUUAAGUACACGCAUAUUAUUUUAUAAACAGCCAGCAACAAAAAAUAGAAAACUUAUGUACUUUUUACUCAGUUGCUACGUGGCUUUAUUUAUGAAAAAAAAAA